AAAUUAUUUACAUAAUAAAUGAAUGAAGUCUUGACAAGCUAUAAUUAACGGAAGAGAGAUAAAUUGUUAAUGUAAAGUGCUGUUUGUCACUGGUCGCAUCGGAUUACCUAGGGAAAUCGUCCUGAUAUACCUUCUAAUGAAAAUUCAGUAGAUUUAGCUUGGCGUUCUUUAUAAGUCUCAGCCCCAAGGAGGUAUCUCAGCCAAGCGUAUAACCGGUAAACACAGCUAGCAAGAGAGCUCGAUCACGUAGACGUCAACUUCAAAGGCUUCCAAUUGCCUUGACUUCUUGGUUUAAAAAAAAAAUGGUUGUGUGGACGAUAAAUAGCGCUGGUUUUCUGGUCGUUACUAUCUUGUUAGGUUUGACAUCAUUCAUUGGCAUGGUAGGCAACGGAAUAGUAUUAGCAAUUAUCACUACACUUCGUCGUCGUGGACGUAAAUCCCCUGUCCAUUUGUUCCUGUGCCACCUCGCCAUAUCUGACUUUUUUGUUUGUGUCMUCUGCAUACCGCUGACCAUAUUUAGCAAUUUUCAUUACCCAACGACCGCUGACCUGUUGGAUGUCGUACUUUGCAAAUUUGUCCGAUUUGUCCAGUUCGUAUCACCUACCAUUUCCAUAGCUGUCCUUACUGUCAUCAGCAUUGAUCGCUACUUAUCCUUAGCAAGACCAAUGCUCUCCAAGGCACCUCGUUUACGCGUCCUCCGUCCAAACUGGCUCAUUUCCUUCGCUUGGCUGUACUCAACGCUCCAGUUCUUACCAACAUUCUAUUUCUCUUCUCUAGUGCCUAUCGAUAUAUCAAACACGACUAGUUUCCACUAUUGCACUCCGAUACCAAAUAAAAGUUCGUCCGGGAAAAUAUACCUUGUAUUGCUAUUCUUGGCUUCCUUUGUUGUUCCAGUGAGUACAAUGAGUGUGUUGUAUUACCGCGUAGCUAGAGUGGUCUGGAACCGAAAAAAGACGCUUUUAGUUCUAUCGAYAAGCCAGAGCGUUCAAAGUUCAAAAAUAAUGGAAGGCUCGCGAAAGAAGGUCAUUCGUAUGCUUCUUAUAGUUGUCGCUGUGUUCUUUAUUUGCUGGACGCCGUUCGUUGUGUACAGCGGUUUCCUUGAGGAACGCCUUAAGGGGUUCCCUAAUCCUAUGGACGCGGUAAGACUAGGUUUGUAYGGACUUGGCUUGUUCAACUCAAUCUGUAAUCCAUUCAUUUACUACUUCAAUGGRAAUUUCAAUCCUCGGGUCUUACUGGAAGACGAACGUCGAGCAAGAAGCUCGAGCGCCUCAUCUUUGUCAUACUACAACUUAAAACUCCAAAAGCCACGUUCGUCGUCGUCUGCAACAACUUGUUCACAGUUGAACUCUUCGAACAAUAAUAGAAACGCAAGCUACAGUUGGGAAGCCCGAAGCCGAGCUUUCUCGACUCUGAGUACUGUAUCUAUGCAGGCUUGUACAAAACCGGAAGAACCCGUUUCUCCGGUGUUCUACCCGGAAGGUCAUUCAAUGGAAACACAUCUGUGAUUUACUGGGCACGUUGGGAAAACACAGUAUUCAGUAAAAUUUGAGAAUUAAAAAAAGAAAUAACAAAGAGGUUUAUUUGUCGACCUCAGACAUUUUGUGAGCGAUCGAAACACUGUAUGAUAAGGAAGAUAUUUGUACCCAAGCUAGACCAGUAUGCACCUCGUCCACUSUGUCGUGGCUAGCAUUGCCGACUAUCCAUUUGAGACCAGAAUGCACCUAGUUCACUUUGUAGUGCUAGUAUUACUAAAUGCACAUAUGAAUUACAAGUAUGAUAAAAAGAUGGUUUUUAUCCAGGCUAGACCAGAACACACCAUAUGCAGUAUAUCAGGUCUAGCGUUUAUUGGAUACCCAUAUAAGACAUGAUGAACGAACAAAAGAUGUUUGYACCCAAGCUAGACCACAAUGCAUYUUAUUCGUUAUCCUAGGUGUAGCAUUGCUGAACACCCAUAUAAGACUUGAUUGAACAAAAGAYGUUUGUACCCAAGCCAGUGUGCACCAUGUUUGCUUCCYUAGGUCUAGCUUUGCUGGAUACUCAAUGAACAAAAUGUUYCUACCCAAGCUAGACCACAAUGCUCCAUGUUCGCUAUCUGGAAAAAGGGACUACAAUUAUYAAAUUGUGUACAAUUUUAAUAGAUUCUUUUAUCAUAAAGACACCUGUUAACAGCAACAUUAAGUAAACACAUCAGAUCAGAUGAAUAUUAGGUUGCGCUUGUUAGAAUUUAUUACACAUUUAGGGUCGAUAUCCGUGUGAUAAAGUCGUGAAUAAAAACUAUAACAGUGAAGAGAUACGAUAUCACUUCACGGUAAACGGGAAACUAGAAAUUUUGUUAUUGUAUGGAACCUAAAUGCGUUAUAAACAAAUGAAUACAUGUUAAGGGUUAAGAGGAAUUUUAUUCAUUCGUUUUCCAUAUUAUAUCACUCACUUUCGGACUCGCUCGUUCGCGAUAUAGACCCCUUGCAGCACUUUGGAAUGCAGCUCCAUCUGGGAGUCAAAACAAUAGUUUCCAAUUAUCAUGAGAUUGGAAUUUUGUUCUUUUGUCCCCGAGAUCGAGCUGCUUUGACGUCACAUGCAAGAGGUCCUCGUAGAAUUCAACUCUAUUUCAAUGCAAAAACUGUGCCAGAACGUUUAUAUUAUUUGGAACACCAAUAUGGCUGCCGUGUCAUGUGAGUGAAAACGCCCUAUAAUAUGGAAACCAGUAAAUGAAAACGAUAACGAGCUCUUUUUAAAACAUGUGACAACUUCUAUUUACUUUGUAUAUAUUACCCCAUUUGGCACAUGAAAGCAAGUCUUACAGCCAAAUAGUCACCCCAAAAUUUAAAAAAAAAAAAAAAAAA